AUGAAGCUGACUAGCGUUAUACUCGCCGUGUUUACGGCAGUUGCAGUGGCAGCAGGGGCGGCGACAACUCCGAAGGGUGUCGCACUGGAGAAAGACCUCACAGAAGAUCUCAUAAGCGACCUCGACCUGGACCGCCUGUACCGCGGCGUGCUGCAGGGACAUGGAGCACAUCUGCCGGAUUCCGGCAUGGCCAAACGGCGCUUCUACCAGUGGGCCGGAAAGCGACAGGACUUGUCGCAGAAAUCCAUUGCCGACAACUUGCCGAACCGCGUCGAAACCGAAGAAGGGCCACACCCAUACCAUCUCCUGUAUUACUUGCUACCGGACACGCUACAGCAAUUUGAAGGCAACAGCGGCGGACCAAAGUCGACUGAGCAACAAACACUGGAAAGACUGAGAAGAAAAUUCUACCAGUGGGCCGGCUAG